CCUUUUCUUCACAUCAAAACGAGGCUUGCUAGCUGUAAACGAGUCAAAUCAAACAGUUGCAGGAUGGGGGAUAAAAGUUUCGUAACUUCAAGAUGUGUUACUUUAUGAAAGUUUCAUAACAGUCAUUACGGGAAGACAGUAUGAAACGAAAUAUGGCAUUAAGAUUGACAAAACAAACGCUAACAGGCCUGAACUUCGGGUUUAAAAAAUCAGCAAGAAAAGGUUUUCUUAGAAGAGAGCCAGACAUUUUCUGGCAAUGCUUGUUGCAACAACACAGCAAAGGUCUCUCUUCCAGGUUUGUGCCGUUGUCUGGUGUUGUCGAUGCUACUGAAGAGGACCUAUGCAAUCUUGAAAAUUUCGUCUCUAAUGCAAAAAGACUUUUUGUCUUGACUGGAGCUGGUGUCUCGACUGAAUCGGGAAUUCGAGAUUACCGUUCCGAAGGAAUCGGCUUGUAUGAAAUCAGUAAUCACCGACCAAUUCUUCAUGACGAUUUUUUAAAGAAACCAGGCAGGAGGCACCGUUACUGGGCUAGAAACUUUGCCGGCUGGCCUGUAUUCUGGAGCAAAAUCCCAAAUAAAAAUCAUAUUUGCUUGGCAGAGAUGGAAGAAAGAGAAAAAAUACACUGGCUAGUAACGCAAAAUGUCGACGGUUUGCACACAAAGGCUGGAAGCAAAAGAGUCACCGAGCUGCAUGGAACAUCUUCACUGGUUCAUUGUUUGAGCUGCAAAAGAGAAAUUUCACGGCAUGAACUGCAAGAGAAACUCUACAAAUUAAAUGCAGGCUGGGAAGGAGUUAGGCAUGGACAGGAUGCUCCAGAUGGUGACAUUGUUGUGGAUGACAACCUUAUUGGGUCAUUCAAAAUGCUCAACUGUGAAGUAUGCAACGGAAUUCUAAAACCAAAAAUUGUAUUUUUUGGAGACAAUGUGCCACCUGAAGUGAAAAAUUUUGUUAAUAAAAAACUUGAUGAAUCUGAUGCAUUACUAAUAAUUGGGUCAUCUACAGAGACAUACUCUAGUUACAGGCUGGCACUGGCAGCUAAGCAAAAAGAAAUGCCAAUUGCUAUUUUGAAUAUUGGAAAAACUAGAAGUGACCAUUUAGCAGAUUUAAAAAUUUCAGCCAUAUCUGGUGAAGUGCUCCCUUUAUUGAAUUAUAACUAAUUUAGACACAUGAUAAUGUAAUUAAGAAAUGUUUGAGUAAAAUAAUGUUUCAAAACAUGAAACAGCCUAUUUAAUCUUUUUACUUGCCCUAUUUAAUCUAAUUUCUGCUUACUACUUACCACUUAGUUCAGUAUUUCCUAGCUGCUCUCUUACGAGACUAGUAGUUAUUGACAAUGUUAAUUGUUUAUUUUGUCUCAAAUGUUAUGGCUAAUUAUUCAAUAAUACAAAGCACUUUCCUUUCAAUUGGUUUUUGAACAACUCAAAGAUAAUAUGCAAAGAGUGCUUUAUUUACCAAUGAAAUUUAAAUCAUUUUUACUUUCCAGAGUUAAUAUGUAAAAUGACAGAAGCUUGAAAUAAUUCAUUUGUCAUCAUUUAUGUAUCCUCUCUAGGCUAUGUUUAUAAAUGAAGUGUAUUUUAGAUUUUGUAAUUAGGUUUUAAAAUUUAAGUUUUUCUUGUAAAAAGAAAAGAAACACCUAAGACAGGGGUGGGCUGGGCAACCUACCCCAGCAAGCCAUAUUCUGCCUGAUGAGAGAAUAUUUGUAGCCUACAAGAUGAUCAAAUAAAAUCAUGAUUUUUCAUCAUCUAUUGUGAUGAAUUCAGACAGGACAGCAGAAUCUUUGGAGGAUAGGGCGAAGGUUACAAAUGCAGCAGGGACAACUUUUUUAAGGUGCACUGCAUAUUAGCAUCAUCGUCAUCAUCAUCAUCAUCAUCAUCGUCAUCAUUAGUGCACAGGAAUACUGUUAGUUUUCAGUGACUUCCUCCACAAGUAUCUGUCCAUUGGAUCAAUGCGUAUCACACUAGCAGUAGAUCACAAAAUUUUAGAAAACAGUAGGGACCCCAUCUGUCAUGAUUUUGUUAUGUCUAAGUUGCUAGUUCCCCAGGCCCAUAUUAGAUAAACUAGUUUUUACAUAUAUUAAAGUGGAUGGCCUAAGCUAAAGCGCUGAUGCUAGAUGCUACUUUGUUAUUUCCUUCCUAUGAUAAUUUCUUCAAACCCUGAAUUCCACCUUUUAAUCUUGGUUGUCUUUUCAGUUUUCAAAUUGCACAAUACAAUUGUAAUGGCCUUGUCUUUGUAAAUCCAGGCUAGCCAGUACCAAACUACAUAUGUAAUAGAGUGGUUUGUAACUGCCGUGUAAUUAAAUUGAAAUAAAAAAUGUAUUAUUAUUAUUAUUAUCAGAGUA